AUGGAGGAGGCCAGAGACAUGCUCACUCUCCAAGAGGUGGACUCCCUCGAAGCCAUCGUCAUCAUCGACAAUGAGCUGGACCCGAUGUCCCCGCCCGCGCCCGACACCGUCGAGAUCACGGGGAACUUACGCACAAUAGGGAUGCAUUCAAGGCACAGGUUAACCAAUCGUGGCGGGGCUAGUCGUGAACUCAGAAUGGAGGAUGUGUGUUGCGCCGCGCAUGGACUUUCUAUCCUAGUGACCGCAACACAAGGGGACAGGAAACACGCCGUGCUUUUCGAUGCCGGACCGGAAGAGGACGCAUGGGAAAGAAACGUGCGGCGACUCAGACCAGAUCUGGCUUCAAUUGAGGUGAUUCAGUUAUCACACUGGCAUCGAGAUCACUCGGGAGGCCUUGGUCGAGCAAUCCGCAUGAUUAGAACGGAGAAACAGGUCAGUGGCCGCACCGAAGACGUGACUUUGGACCUUCAUCCAAAUCGACCCAUUUACCGCGGGAUUGCGUUCCCUGAACGAAUCGUCUCUCUCGAGGCCGAUCCAACCUUCGACGAGCUUGUCGCCGCUGGAGCUACCGUCACUAAAACCAAGGAAGCCCACACCAUCCUGGACGAUAUGUUCUUGAUAUCCGGAGAGAUACCCCGGCUCACGUCAUACGAAACUGGCUUGAAGUUCGCAGUCCAGUAUGAUGCGGACGAGGAUGAUUGGUUCUCUGACGAGGUCAUUGCGGACGAACGUUUCCUGGCUUGCAAUCUCAAAGGGAAGGGACUCGUGGUCUUUACGGGCUGCAGCCACGCCGGUGUCGUCAAUACCACCCGGCAUGCCCUUCACCUCACGGGCAAUCAAGUCCCUCUUCAUGCCGUUGUGGGGGGCUUUCAUCUUGCCACGAGCGAUGAAUCACAGGUGCAGAGUACAGUGGCCGAUCUGAAGCGACUCGACCCGCCGUGUUGA